ACACACAGCCAUGUACAUACACACACAGAAACAUAUACACACAGGCAUACAGACACAUGUAUACACACACACACAUGUACAUACACACACAGACACAUGUACAUACAUACACAGACACGCACAGGUACACAGACACCACCCCCAUAAAAAGUUGCAAUACUUCGUUGUUCACUCACAGAGCCGGGUACUGCACUCCAGGGGGAGGCAGAGAGCACAGUACACACUCCUUCCUUCGCUUUCACCGUGCUCAGCUAUUGUGCAGUCUGACGGCUCCCAGUGCCAAUGACAGAUCCGGCCAGAGCUCCAAGCCUGCUCAGCAAGACAGCCCUGGGGGACACACUCGCCCCCACCAUAAUUUCCACUCUCCAUUGGCGAGCAGGCGAGUGGAAAUUUCAAGCCCUGCCCUA